AUGAAGUCUACCCUCCAGUAUACCCUCCAGUAUACCUUCCUCGCCAUCCUUCUGACCUUUAGUAAUCUGCCUCUCAUCCUCUCCCAACCCGCCUCAGCAAUCCCCUUCACCAUCACUCCAUCCACGCCCGAAAACGAAUCCAACUACACCGCGCCCCUGUUUCCCAUCGCGCCCUUCACAAAGUACGCGCACAACCCGAUCCUAUCCCCCAAUCCCCAGGCGAACUGGGAAUCCGCAUACCUGUACAACCCGACGGCGAUCGUUCUCAACUCGACCAUCUUCUUGCUGUACCGGGCACAGAACAGCACCAAAACCUCGUCCAUCGGGCUGGCCUGGUCCUCCGACGGCGUGACCUUCACACGGCUCGACCGACCCAUCAUCUACGCGACCGAGCCGUACGAGACGAUCGGCGGCACCGAGGAUCCGCGCAUCGUCCGGGUCAAUGGCACCUUCUACGUGACCUACACGGCCUUCAACAACGUGACCGCACAACUCUGCCUGGCCACCUCAACCAACCUACUGGAUUGGCACAAACACGGACCUUUAUCCCCGAACGGGUUCAUGGACGUCGCCUACUCGGACAUCGACGUGCCGUCGCCGCGCAUCAACCACACCAAAUCCGGCGCCAUUGUCAAGGAGCCAACGUCAUCCGAUGGUCUGUACCACAUGUACUUUGGCGACAGCUUCUUCUACCACGCCACAUCACCGGAUAUGCUCAACUGGACGGCGCCGCCUGCGGAAGAGUACUUCGCCGGGCCCGUCAACCCGUGGGAGAACAGGCUGAUCGAGCCCGGGCCCGCGCCCGUCAAGACGCGCGAUGGGAAGUGGUUGCUCGUAUACAAUGGCAUGACGACCGGGAGGGUCGGAUAUCCGCAGAACCAGUAUAGUGUGGGCCAGAUGCUCAUCGAUCCGUCGGGCAGUUUUAGGCCGAAGUUGAAUGCGAGUCAGAGUCAAGAUACUACUACGUAUCAGCCUGCGUUGCGUGACGGGCCGGUCGCGAGAAUGGAGAGGCCGAUUCUCGUGCCGGAAGCAGGAAAUGAGCAGCAGGGUCAGGUCGAUCAGGUGGUUUUCGCGGAGGGCUUGGUCCAGUUCAAAGGGAAGUGGUAUUUGUAUUUCGGACAAGGAGACAGUGAUCUCGGUGUGGCGAUUGCAGAUGUGCAGCCAUGA